AUGAGCGCUCUAAAAAUAAUAGUACUUACAAACUACUCACCGAUUGUGAACUUUGACGGGGAGACCGUCGUCAUGCUGGAUUUUGAACGACAAAUGAACACCCUGACAACACACACCGAUGACAUUGACAUCCAAUUCCGCACCAAGAACCCAGAUGGACCGAUAUUCAACGCAGUCUCCUCCGUGGAGCGUCAGUUCCUGCGUGUGGACCUGCAGGGCGGCCAGAUCAAAGUGACCACUAAUAUAAACAGGGCCAGCAAUCCGGGACGCGAACAGGUAAUUUUGGCCGGAAGGAAGGCAGACAGCAGAUAUGUCCCUUAG